CCGUCUUGGGUAUUGUAGUCCAAAAUAGAAGAUACAUGCCCACGAACUGUAACCUCCCAUAGCCUAAACAAUCUCCUUUGCAGAAGCCACCAGAAACUUCAUGCGAAAAUCUUAGCUCAGACAAUCUUAAAAUAGACACCUGUCGUCGUCGUCGUGACAGCUGUCGUGUUCAUUCUCCGUCCAAACAUCAACAUUGGGUCGGUGCAAGACUGCAGCGCCUUCCAGCAAACAACAAAUGCGUGCAAAGGAAUCGAGAUCCAUGUCGACUGACAAGUUGACGACCAGACGAUUGUAUACAUUUGUUUAAGAAAACAAAGUGUUUGGCUGCUUGCGGAGUGACGUGAUUGCACAAUCGCACACAUGGACCACCCGGGAAUACCCGUCGCCCAGGCCACAGUGCUGACCCUGUCGCCCUCUGCUCAACCAAACAGAUGGACUGUGCUGGACUCCCUUGUCUGUGGGGCUGUUGCUGGGGCUGUUGCCAAAACAGCCAUUGCGCCUUUGGAUCGCACUAAGAUAAUCUUUCAAGUGUCCUCAAACAGAUUCUCAGCUAAGGAGGCCCUCCGUCUGCUGUACUGUACCUACCUGAAGGACGGCUUCCUCAGCCUCUGGAGGGGGAACUCGGCCACCAUGGUGCGGGUCGUCCCCUACGCCGCCAUCCAGUUCUGCUCCCACGACCAGUACAAGAGCAUACUGGGAGCCCACUACGGCUUCCAGGGGAAAGCCCUGCCCCCCCUCCCCCGCUUCCUUGCGGGCUCCCUGGCUGGCACCACCGCCACUAUGCUCACCUACCCGCUGGACAUGGUACGGGCCAGGAUGGCCGUGACGGCCAGAGAAAUGUACAGCAACAUCCUGCACGUGUUUGUGCGGAUCUCCCAGGAGGAGGGCCUGAGGACGCUCUACCGCGGCUUCAUCCCCACCAUCCUGGGGGUCAUCCCCUACGCAGGCAUCACCUUCUUCACCUACGAGAGCCUCAAGAAGCUGCACACAGAGAAGACGAGGCGUGCCCAGCCCUACCCCCACGAGCGGCUGGCCUUCGGGGCGUGCGCGGGCAUGAUCGGCCAGUCGGCGUCCUACCCGUUGGACGUGGUCCGCCGGCGCAUGCAGACGGCCGGGGUCACCGGUGGCGCCUGCUACGGCACCGUGCUGGGCACCCUGCGCCACAUCGUCACUACGGAGGGCGUGGUCCGCGGCCUCUACAAGGGCCUGAGCAUGAACUGGGUCAAGGGCCCCAUCGCCGUGGGCGUGAGCUUCAGCACAUUCGACCUCGCGCACGACAUGCUGAGCAGGUUUCGUCGGGCCGGGCACUUCCCUCACUGAACCAGCAGGGGGCAGCAGAGUAGUCCUGAACUCGCCGACGCAUGUUACGUGAUGCGGGAGGUAUGCCACAUCAUGCAUGGCACAACAACGUGUGCCAGCUCACCGCAGGCUGGUGGCAAUGCGCACUCUUAUUUCGGUCCACCAAUGUGUAGUGCGGUUGCAAGGGGGCGGUGUCCAGAGUUGGUUGCACAUGCACACGCGCUCACGCAAUGCACAUAGGGCUUCUGAUAAGGCUUAGGAAAUCACACAGUGCGAAAACACACUUAAGUUGAUGCUCUUCAGAGACAAUUGUGUGGUGAAAACCAAUUCAGAGUGGCAACACAAUGAUAAUGGUUAGCAAGGCUGCUUUUAAGAGCCAUGCUUUUUUACCUGUAAGACAUACAUGGAUCCUGUUUGUUUAUUUUAACUCCUUUUAUGUGUGUGUGUGUGUGUGUGUGUGUGUGUGUGUGUGUGUGUGUGUGUGUGUGUGUGUGUGUGUGUGUGUGUGUGUGUGUGUGUGUGUGUGUGUGUUUGUGUUUUAUUGUUUGAGUCAUAUCAUUUGUAAUUUAUUGUUUUUUUUAAUUAAUAUUUGAUGUGUUAAACACAAACAAACAAGUGCGUACGCAUGGCCUUGUAUAAUUUGAGCAUAUGGAUCAAACUAAUCAUCAUUUAAGCUUAAGUUGUUGCACACUAUAAACUGAGGAGCAAACAUUUCUUUGAAUGGUGGAAAUCUAGACCAGUAAGACUACACCCCCUUUUGAUACAGUGGGGCACAGUGGAAUGUUUUGUUGGUGGGUGAUUGUGCAAGCAGGCCUGUGCAGUUUCCCUGCCAAGUGUUAAGCACUGAAGGAAGGGUUUCAGUAGUUUCUAUGCCCUUAUCCCUGGAGGCAGUAUAGGUUGAAUGGAAAGGACCGUAACAAUUUUAGCCAAGAGAUUAUUGGGAAAAUGUGCAAUAUGUCACUUAUAUUCUAACCUCUUCUUCAUAUUGUCAAGAUUAUGUUGGGGACAUGUCGUAGUCUGCCAAAGCCCUUAUCUCUCUUUAUGUUACAGUGUAUGGAAAUAGUCAUUAUUCAUACGUUCAUCGUCAUCCCACUUGGAUGAGUGCAAUAUUCUAAAUGUAUAUAUAUAUAUAUAUGUAUUGAAAUGCUCUGAUGUUUUAAGGAAAAAUCCCUCCUUGCAAUAAUAAAGAUGUUUUAUCACUCU